CACUACAAGCAAUCGAUGGAUACAGACGACUGCCAGUUGAUGUUUAUUUGAAUUGUGUUGUGCCAUUAGGAUAUAUUAUCCCAAUGUAGGCUAAUGGGGUGAGAAACUUUGUUAAUGUUUUUCAUUGUUGAUCAUUUCAGUAGAAAAGGUUAACCGAAAGUUAUAAUGGGUUUUAUUUGCCAUGUUAAUCUGUCAAGUGCUGUGAUUUGCUUGUCUUCCACUGAAAAGCGUAUUCACGGUGCCACCAUUUCGAUUGCGAAACAGUCAAUUUGGACAACAAAGGCGUUUUAUCGCAUGAUCACUCACCAUGCAUGGAGCCUUAUUCCAACGAUAGCAUUGCAUGGGUUAGGAGAAUGGAGUCCUGAUAAGGACCAAAACUAUUAUUCGGUUGGCAAUGCAAGGGCGCGUGGUCUCAAUUACUAUGCAAGGUAGGUGUGUAAAUUGGUGUGCAGGAUAAACGUGGUGUUUUGGGGGGACUGACGGUGGACUCGCUUUAAUGCAAAGGUCUAGCUGUGAUUUAGGAGGCUUUGUAACCUGAAUUAGUUGAUGAAUUUUCUAUCGAUUCUAAACAAGCCUAGAUUCAUCUCUGACAGCCUUCUGCUGCACGCAGCGCACGCCAGGGCAUUCUCUCACCAUUAUUAGUGAGUCCAUUUAAAAGCUUGGCAAGAACGAGCACACGGCAUCACUUUUCCCAGCCCUUGUUUUCAAAAGCUCCAGCCAAAAUAAGAAUAAAAAAAUAGUGAGAGAAUAUGGCUUAACUAUCAAGCUUUGGACGCAACACGUUUCUUGUUUAUGUACUGUAUCACGAAUUGGACAGGUGAGGGGGUUGGUUAGUUGAUCUGCUCUGUAGACGUUUGAAAACUCCGGUGGUAUGUAUUUCUGGCGUGGCUGCUUCAGGUUGUUAUUGUUUUGAUUCGUGCUUUCCGCGAGCGUGCCAGUGUGCAAAAAAUUAUGCAACAUUCGAAUGCCACAAACUAUGCCCAGAUGAUGUGCGGGUAUGCCUAAUCCUAUUUCCUUAUCCGGGAAUCGUCAGGAUCCACGCCAUUGGCUCCCGCUGUCACAUGGAUUCUUAACUUUGUUCACUUGACAGAAAGUAGGAGGGUUCUACGAAACAGGAAAACGAGUAAAGCGAUAGAUAUAAAUUUUAGUAUAUUUUGUGUGCAAUUCAAAGAAAUUAAUGGCCAUGAGUUCCUAUUUGAUCAACUCCAACUAUGUGGACCCCAAGUUUCCACCCUGCGAGGAAUAUUCACAGAAUGACUACCUACCCAGUCACUCUCCGGACUACUACAGCGCCCAGAGGCGAGAGCCUGCUUUUCAGAGUGAGUCGAUCUACAACCAGCGGUCGGGCUGCGCCGACCCGCCUUACACAACGUGCCAGGGUCCGGGGCAGCCCACGGUGGUGAUAUCUCCACGGGGUCACGUCCUCCCCCCAGCCGGACUCUCAACCCCUCUCCCGGAACCUAGCCACCAUUGCGACUCCGUAACCCCAAGCCCUCCACCCGCCUGUGGCCAGAAUCCCCUCAACCAAAGCCUUUCUACGGCCAGCUCUCGCAAGGAUCCCGUGGUUUACCCCUGGAUGAAAAAAGUCCACGUAAACAUCGUGAAUCCAAAUUACACAGGGGUGGGUGAGCCCAAGCGCUCGCGGACAGCCUACACGCGACAGCAAGUCCUGGAGCUGGAGAAGGAGUUCCACUACAAUCGCUAUCUGACCCGGAGACGCAGAGUGGAGAUCGCCCACACCCUGGUUCUGUCCGAACGCCAGAUCAAAAUCUGGUUCCAGAACCGGCGGAUGAAAUGGAAGAAAGACCACAAGCUGCCCAACACAAAGAUCCGCUCCAACAGUAACUCCAACAACACAAACUCGCAAAGCAGCGGGCUCGCGUUGGGGAGUUCUCAGAACCGAACCAGCGGGCCUCCACCGAGCCUAUAGCCUCCACCCUAACCAUCCACCACCCACCCACCAUGCACUUUGAAACCUCCGUUUCUGGAGUGGGAUACAUGGAUUCCACCAUGUUUUUACCUCCCCUCUUCAAUUCAAUUACAGGGAUAGAACAUGUGGGGGGGGGGGAGAAGGGGGAGUAAAAAACGAAGAAGAGAAAAUUUGUAUCUCAAAAAAUGUCGAAGGGGAGAAGAUUCAAACACAAACACUUCCAAUGAUGUGUUCACAACCUGAUCCAGUUCCCUUUUUUAUCCCAUGCCCCUCUCCUCCUCUCUCUCUCUCUUUCUCUCUCCCCUCCAUUAGAACAGAAGGCGGCAGAUACUUUUCAGAUUUGGUGAAGAUGGAUCCGUGUUUCAUCUUUAAUCAUGCCAAACUCGGCCCCAUUUGUCAUGUUUACUCUGCAGUACAAAGGAUGAACCGUGGGCCUGCCCAUUACCUCGACGUCCAACGUUGUGUUUAAUAAAUGAGCCCCCUUGUUUCGUCAAGAGCCGUUUUCUCACUCCCUUUUCUCUCCUCAAAACUAAAAAAUACACCGAAUAUGUUCUCCGAACAUGAAGUAUUUUGUAAGAGAAAAUAUAGCUGAAUCUCAGUUAUAUUCUAUGUUUAUAUAUUAAGACUGACAACGAUUGUGAGGUCCGUUGCUAGUUCAUUUUUACAGGGACUCGUUUUUCCUUCUUUGUUUCUAGCAAAGACAGGGUGCAUUUGAACAAAAGAUGGUAAAUCACGGUAUUAACAAAGGAUAGUCGUCGCAGUGGAAUGAUGGAGCUGGACUUAUAGAAUAGAUACAUAUAUGAACCAAAAUCUGGUACAAACCUACCUAAGCAUUAUAAACACAGCACUACAAUGUACUACCUAGCUAUUAUAAUUACCUCAGUUGUACUUAUGUUCAUUAUUUUCUUGCCUUGUGUUAUGAAGGACAGGUUCAGCUCAUUUGAAUUUUGUGGCAAGUAUCUGCAAUACGAACAUAUUCAUUUCUUGUAAGUGAAAUGUAAUUUAAGCAAUUUUGUUGGCCAGGGUUGUAAAGAGAAAAAAGGUGCGUAUAUUGCAUGACUGAAUACACAUUUAUUUGAUAUUUUAUCUUUCUCUAUCUGGUAUCCUUUCUUGGCACAAACAUGCGCACACCCUCUCUCUUUCUUUCACUCUCUCUCUCUCUCUCGCUUUCUUCUCACCAUGUGCCAUUUUGGGUAUUUUAUUUGUAUGUGUUCCUUUUAUUUACAUUCCAAAGAUCAGUCCUGUCUCUGAUAAUGUCGACAUUUUAGUUUUUUCUUCCUCCAUAUUUGAAUGUUGCUCUUUUUCUGCUCUUUCUCCUCAGUGUCUACCUAUUAUUUGUAAAUAGCUAUAGAAAUGUAAUAAAUGGCUGAAAAAGCAUCCAUCAAUCCUCUUUGUGUCCUCCUUUCCCUCUGCCGCUGCUUCCCCAAUGCUCUGGGUCCAAAAGAUACUGAGAUAUGUCGCUCUCUUCAGACCAGCUCCUUUCAUAGCAAGGGAUGUGUAAAAAAAAAAAAAAGAUUCAAUUUAAUUUUGUCCUCCCAUGGUGGGUUUUCGUUUGCCUUUCUAUGUAGUCUGUCUUUUAAAAAAACACUGAACAUCUCCGUGGUGAUUUAUAUCUUAUGGUCAUGAGUGAUCCUGGUACAUUAUGCCUUGUAAUCUCGUUUUAAAUCACGAACCCCUUCGUUUCACUCUCUUCUCUCGUUAAUUUAACGGUGCUCACACACCCGCUGCUCGCUGGUGCUGAAAACAGCCUGAAAAUAUGGAUCUUCGUUUUGAAAAAAAAAGUUAAAUAGGUUCUCGGCUCGUGGGCUUUUAAUGCUUUAAUGAGUCUAAUUUUUGCACAACAGUUUCUCGGUGUUUGCUGGCUCGCUGUGUAUUUUUUUAUAUUACAAAGGAGCGGGUCGGUGCCAUAGCUCAAACCCUGACAACCAAAUAGACAAUCAAGAAGACAAAUGGCUUCUUUUGUAAGGCGCGGCUCUUGUAUUAAUUUUCAUUUUCUUCUCUUAGAGCAGGUAUCGAAAAUAUAGAGCAGAAGAAAAUAACAUUCCGUUUGGGUGUUGAACUUUAAACAAAAGUGUGGCCUCAAAUUGGUCUCCUCGCAUUCUGUGGAACAGAGAAGAUUUUCUAUUACUUGCUGGUUGAUGUAAGCCCUUGUGCCAUAUAGCCUCCUCCAAUCACUUUAUGUGAUUAUAUUUCUCCUCAUAUAUUUAUGAAAUGCCUUUUGAAAAACACCAGCGUCCUACAGGCCUAUGCUAUGCCUCAAGACGUUGAAGCAAGUUCAGUCAAAGAUACACACAUGGUACCAUUGAAAUACACACAAUGUGAUAGGCCUACUAUUGAAUUCGUUCGCAGUAUUUUUGAAUGCGCUCUUUUUUAAGUUCUAAAUUUGUUUUCGCGUGAAACCGAUGGUAGGCUCUAUUGCUCACACACAUAGAUGCACAAUUGAUUUUCAUGUGGGGCCUGAGGCAAAUGUCUCUAUACUUUUCAGAUGGCAAGUGAUAUUAUGUCCAAAUGUUGUUAUAUUCACAACAGUGAAAAACGUCGUUUAUUUGAAUAGAUACAUUGGUCCCCACGCACAUGUGUCUUCACACAAAAAGCCCCCAAGCACUUGCAUAGUAAAAUAAAUGAAUUUGCGCGUGACAUCACAUACAAUAUGCACCUUAGAAUUCUAUUCUUAUCCUUUAUUAUUAUUUUUUUUAACUUCUGCUUUCGGAGGGUGAAUAGGAGCGAACAGAUUUCUAAGGGGCCCCAAAAGUUCACCACCAUUAUUUGCGGACAGAGCCAAGAAAAAUGUGAGAAUUAUACAGAAAAAUCAUUAAUCACUUCUUCUGUUUAAACACUUCUUCUCCUCUCUAUUGUCAUUCAGCGGCACAACUGCAUGGACCUUCUGCUAGGAGGGGAGAGGAGUCUUGGAAGACACUUGAAGAUACCACCCCCCCC